GCCAGACUUUUGGCGUCAGAAUCAAUCUUCCAGCCUUUGAAGUCUACAUCUUGCAAUUAUCGCAGGAGAAGGGCAUCAUUCAUCCCCUGUGCUAGCAGCGGUUCAGCAACUGUCACUAAAAAAGCGCCCAUAAAAGUUGCGACAAGGCCUCUACCCACACCCGCAAGACGGGAGCUUGGACCUAACAGGUCUGCAUGGACUGCGCCGUCUGGACAGCCAGAUGGACCGUCAUUUGGAGCUGCCCUAAGGGGCAAGCCCGAGCCCAUGGGUGCCACCCUUGUUGAUGAGCAGGGUGCCAUCAACUUUGCAAUCUAUGCAAGCAGCGCAUCCUCGGUCUCUCUCGUUCUUUUCUCAGAGGAUGACCUGCAAGCUGGCCGCACAACGCAUAAGAUUGAGCUCGACCCAGAGCUCAAUCGUACUGGCAGCGUGUGGCACAUCAUGCUGCCAAAGCUUGACACCACACUCCUGUAUGGCUUCUGCAUGGGCGGUAGACAUCAGGAUAAGGAUAUAGAUGCGCCGGGCGCUGCUGGCCACCGAUAUGAUGAGGGUUCUGUUCUGCUGGACCCCUAUGCCACCGCCAUCAUCGGCCGCAGGGUGUUCGGGCAGCUAGGGCCGUAUGGACCGGGUGGCGCGCUUGGGCUUGCGCGCACAUGGCCGCAGGCUGCAUGCGUGCUGCCGACACCAGGCACAGCAUUCGACUGGGAGGGCGACAGGCCGCUGAACCUGCCCCUGGAGGAUUUGGUGAUCUAUGAGAUGCAUGUGCGCGGCUUCACCUGGGAUGCAUCCUCCAAGGUUUCCUCCCCAGGUACGUUUGCUGGGAUGACAGAGAGGUUGGAUUACCUCACCACCUUGGGCAUCAAUGCAAUUGAAUUGCAGCCGGUGCACGAGUUCAACGAGCUGGAGUACUACCAGGUCAGAACAGACGAGUACCGGUACAACUACUGGGGGUACUCCACUGUGGGCUUCUUUGCGCCAAUGGCCCGCUACAGUGCGGCCGCAGCCGCCGGCCGGCCCGGCGCGGACAUCGUGAACGAAUUCAAGACGCUCGUCAAGGAGUGCCACCGCCGCGGCAUCGAGGUCAUCCUGGAUGUUGUCUUCAACCACACCGCAGAAGGCAAUGAGAAUGGGCCCUCAAUUUCCUUCAGGGGGCUGGACAAUAGGGUGUAUUACAUGCUGGCACCCGAGGGGCAGUACUACAACUACUCGGGCUGCGGCAACACACUCAAUUGCAACCACCCCGUCGUACGCAAGUUUGUGCUGGACGCGCUGCGCUACUGGGUGGUGGAGAUGCAUGUGGACGGCUUCAGGUUCGACCUGGGCUCCAUCAUGACCCGUGCCCAUUCUCUCUGGCACCCCAGCCUACCUGGCGACGACCCCACCCUCACCCCACAAGGCAUCAUUCCGGACGGCAGCGGCGUGCCAACAGGGACCCCCCUGUCGGACCCCCCGCUGGUGGAGAUGAUCAGCGAGGACCCUGUGCUGCGCAACACCAAGCUCAUCGCCGAGGCCUGGGACUGCGACGGCCUGUUCCAGGUGGGGGCGUUCCCACACUAUGGCGGCAGGUGGGCAGAGUGGAACGGCAGCUUCCGGGACACGGUGCGCCAGUUCAUCAAGGGCACCGAGGGACCCUUCGCCUCCGCAUUUGCCUCGGCCGUGUGCGGCUCCCCGACCAUCUAUGCAGAAGCCGAGCCAGGCGAAGGUGACUGGUGGGGCAACAAUGGAGGGCGGCAGUGGAGGGGCGGUCGGGGCCCCCAGCACAGCAUAAACUUCAUCACCGCCCACGACGGCUUCACCCUGGCGGACCUGGUAGCCUUCAACGAGAAGAAAAACCAGCGCAACGGCGAAGGCAACAGGGAUGGGGAGAACCACAACCUGAGCUGGAACUGCGGGGUGGAGGGUGACACGCGCAAGCCGAGCGUGGUGCGGCUGCGCGCGCGGCAGAUGCGCAACCUGGCUGCUGCGCUGCUGCUGUCCCACGGCACCCCCAUGAUCCUUAUGGGCGACGAGUACGGCCACUCCAAGGGGGGCAACAACAAUACGUACUGCCACGACUCCGCUCUGAACUGGUUCAGCUGGGACCAGGCUGCCACGGAUCCCACCGGUUACGCGCGCUACUUCAGGCACCUCGUGCACUUCAGGAGGACGCAUGCAGAGCUUCGCCGCAGCUCAUUUGUGCAUGCCGGCGCAAUCGCAUGGCACGGCAAAUUGCCCAAUGAGCCUGACUGGACAGAGGAGUCCAGGCUGGUGGCUUACACGCUGAGCAACAGCUCCGGCGGGGGCCUGUACAUCGCCUUCAACACCUCCCACAAGGGCCAGAUUGUGCAGCUGCCUUUGUGGCCCAACCGCACCUGGCAGCUCAUCUCUGACUCUGGCCAGAUUGCGCCGUUUGAUUUCCUGGUGCCAGACGAGAUUCUAUCAGAGGAGGAGGUGGCCACUGCGCGGCAGAAGGUCAGCAUGUGGCUGUCUGAUGGCAUGUACGCAAUGCUCCCCUACAGCUCCCUCCUGCUGGAGUCCGUGCCUGACCUGGACACCAUGCCGACAUCCAGACGCGCCACAGCCUUCUCUGCUGCAGCCCCCGCCGUCACUGCCAGGUCUAAUGGGAAGGCGGGCAGUGGGGUGCCACCCCAGACAACCACAGCAGCCGCAUCCUCGCCGCCUCCAAGCUUUUCCCAGGGGCCUCAAUCCGGGCCCAGCACAGACUCUGUAGUGUCAGCAGCAGGCAGCUCAAAGGCAUCUCAUGUGCAGUCGACCGCAGCGUCUGUGCUGUCCAAUGCCAAAGCUCUCGCAGCAAAGAUUAGCGGGUCCCCAGCGCAACCGUCGCUGGAGGCCAGUUCUUAGAGUGGCCCGAGCUGAGGUCAGGAUGCUGUAUAUGCACACUUUCCAAGGUGACAAUCACUGCGUUGCGGCAUCUGAUACCCAUCACUUCAACGCUGGGCACACAUAUCAGCGCUUUGAUGGUGACUAUUGAGCAACUGCUGGGAAAUGCGACAAAAGCGAGGGUAGUUUGAGGUCCAUAUGUUGGUCUCUGUCAGGGGCCACAGGCUAUUCGCCUGCAGGUCCUACAAUUCUUUCAGCAUUGAUGCAUUCGCCUGGCUCACCCCAGGCAAGGCAUGGAGAGACUGAAGUUUAGUGAGGGCAUAGCAAUUUGAAUUCGAAAUUUAAACUCUGAUUACCAACUUCAAAAGCUUUCCUAGAGUGCUUAUUCUGGUUUGCCUCCGUUUUGUGGCCAUGGCAGUUAGCCAGGCGCUCCAAGAGUAUCAGCAAAUUAAAGUGGCACCACCUGUAUGACUCAUUGA